CUUUCACUGUAAGUUUAAAAUAUAAUUAAUUACCUGUGCUGGUUUCUUAGUAAUGGAUUUUUUAAUACUAUAUUUUUCACAGGACAAAUGGCCCAGCAGUCCUCUGCAGGGAUCUUGUCCUGCUUUGCUUUUGUUUUCUUCAUCUGUCGUCAUUGGAAAGCCAAAAAGAAGACCAAGAAAAACAACAGGAAAACAAGGAGACUCUCACGAUGCUGUUGGUCAGCAGAAGAUGGAGCAGACAUCCUCAUCUCCACUUCUACUCCCCUUCCCUCAACAACACCUCACCCAAACCGUGUUCCUAACUCCUCUUCCCACCCCAUCCCUUCUCACACUGACCCUUCCCCGAGCCCUUCUCCUGCCCUCCCCACUUGCCCUGUCCCCUCUCCUAACCUCACCCAUUCUCCUGAUAUCACCCCUUUCCACGUCUCUUCUGAAUUCACUCCUUCCCAUGUCCCUAUUCCUGAACUCGCCCCUUCCCAUGUCCCUAUUCCUGACUUCACCCCUUCCACUGUCCUCAUUAAUGACUUCAACCUUUCCCACACACCCUCUCCUGACCUCACCCCUUCCCCAAUCCCUUCCCCGAUCCCUUCUCCUCACCUCAUCCCUUCCCCCAUCCCUAUUCCUGACACCCUUUCUCCUGAUCCCAUCACUCCCUCUGUCUCUUCUCCUCACCUCAUCGCUUCCCCCAUCAAUAUCCCUGACAUCACCUCUUCCUCCACCCCUUCUCCUGUCCUCACCCCUUCCCCUCUCCCUUCUCCUCACCUCAUCCCUUCCCCCAUCCCUAUCUCUGGCAUCAUCUCUUCCUCCAUCCCUUCUCCUGUCCUCACCCCUUCCCCUCUCCCUUCUCCUCACCUCAUCCCUUCCCCCAUCCCUAUCUCUGACAUCACCUCUUCCUCCAUCCCUUCUCCUGUCCUCACCCCUUCCCCUGUCCCCUCUGCUGACCUCACCCCUUCCUCCAUCCCUUUUCUCUCUCCCAGGCCAAUCCCUGAUCCAGACCUCUCCCACUCUGCUCAACCAGCUUCCUGUCCUCCUCACACCAGGAAGAAGACAUCACAGAAGAAACGCAAGAAGAAGAAAAAGAGUAAGUUUAUUUAAGUAGAAAUUUCUGAUACUUUGACAUGUGUUUGUAAAGCUGGUGGUUUGAUUUCUUCACAGAUACUCUUUUUCCUUUCAUUUCAGACACACUGUCAGCUACCACCCCUUCUCCUGUCUACACCUCUACCAUCACCCAAUUUCACAACCUUACUCCUUCCCCUACCCCUUCACCUGACCUCACCGUUUCUCCCAUCCCUUGUCCUGACCCCACCCCUUCUUCUGACCUCACCCCUGUCCCCAUCCCUUCUCCUGUCUCCAUCUCUUCUCCUGACCCCAUUCCUCCU